AUGGUCAGUUCAACAGCAGCGUCGGCCAUCAGCGCCAUUGAGCGCACAUGCUCUGUGCCUAGUCUUCUCGGUUCACUUUUUAUUAUCGGUACCUUUUGUUCUUCGAAGUUGUUCCACAAGCCUAUCAGCCGCAUGCUUUUUUACGCCUCUUUUGGAAAUAUGAUGAGUAAUGUCGCUACACUCAUGUCCCAGGAUUACACCAACCGGCCAAACUCUGCGGGAUGCCAAACACAGGCCUUCCUAAUUGAGACGUUCAUGUUUGCCGAUGUCUUUUGGGCUCUAGCUAUGGCUGCGAACGUAUACCUCACCUUCUACUAUCGAUUCGACGGCAUCAGGCUACGCAAGAUUGAGCCACUCUACAUCGCUCUAUGCUACGGCGUCCCUUUCACCAUCGGCAUCACGUUUAUCUUCGUUCGAAACAGCGAAGGACAUCGCCCAUACGGCAACGCGAACUUGUGGUGCUGGUUAACUGUCGAGUGGGAUGCUUGGCAGCUCGCUACAUACGGACUCAUUUGGCUCAUCAUCCUUAUGUGCUCAGCAAUCUACAUCCGCGCCGGUCUGACUAUCUAUAAAUGGAGGAUUCGCCUGAACGACUUCUCGAACUCGAACGAUUACAACACUGGAUCCCAGGGCGUGCGUACGCAGACGCGAACACAGACGCAGACACAAAAUGACAACUCAGAUAUCACGGGUAUUGCCAAGACCACCAACAUCACUAUCACAACGUCGGACUCUGCCCCACCCCAGCUCGAGUCACCCUUCAGACCCGGCACUAGACCCGAGCCAGUCCAUACAGCAAACAUCUACACAGGUCCUGCUGCUCCACCCGUCGCGAAUCCAACCGAACAACAGAAUAUCAGAACGCAGCAGCUGGAACGCCGGAAGCGCAGCCCAAGUGACGAGGCAGCUGUUACUUACGCCAAGACCGCCCUUCUGUUCUUCACGGGAAUGCUCAUCACUUGGAUUCCCGCCAGCGCAAACCGUCUGUACGUUCUCAUUGACGGCCAUUCAUCCACAGGCUUGGGAUACCUCAGUGCCUUUGUGUUGCCCCUGCAGGGCUUCUGGAACGCCUUAAUUUACUAUUACACCUCUCGAGCUGCGUGUAAGCAGGUCAUCAACAGUUUCAGGAAUAGGUCUCAUCCUCUCGAGGACAAUGAUGUCACUGGAUCUAGCUUUGCCGAGAGAGGCAAUGCUACCAAUGCAAACAAUGAAUCCGGCUUUCAGCUGGACCGUAUAAGAUCUUCCAACAGAGAGGAUAGUUUCGGGGAAACGGAGAGCACAACGUCGCUGACAGCGAAGGUCUAA